UCCUGGGACUCCUUUCCUCCCUCCUCACUUCCUGGAUGAAUCUGGGGCCCUGCUCUCUCCCUCUGACCCGCCAGCCUCUCAGGCUUUCCUCUCCCCACUCCCCCCUGCCCCUGCAGAGCCCCGCUUUGCUCCUGGCCUGUACCACCCUGCCUGGACACACACCAGCUCUGCUCAGCUCAGCUUCCUUGGACCCCAGACCGAGAAGGGUUGCCCAGCCACCUCUCUCCCCCAGAGAGACCCCAAAUCCCCAGUGGAAGCAGCAGGGACCCCAAAAGUCCCCCUGAUGGCAUGGUCCCCCAUGCUUGGUCCCUGCCUGGCACCCUCCCCAGGGUUAGCCAGUGAUCCUAGCUGUGGUUAUUAUUCCUCUUGUUAAAGGCUUCCUGCUUCCUGCCCCUCAGGCCAGGCUCUGUGUCUCUGAGCUUUCGACUCUCGUCUGGCUGGGGCCAAUGGGAAACAGAAAUGUCACCAAACCAUGCCAAUCCUCUGGGGAAGUUCUGUUUCUUCCCAUCCCGUGCAGACACAGGGAAGACACAAAAGUCAGAACAUAGUUUUUAAAAGUCUUUUGCAAGUCAGGCACUUUCCUACACUGAAGUCCUCUCAGACAACCCGGGAAGGAAGUGGUGGUGUCAUCUCCUUGCAAAUGUCAAGGAGUGGGAAGCCCAAGGAGGGGAAGCCACCAGCCACGGGUCACAGCUUGUAAACUACGCUGGGACCUCGGUUCUGACUCUGAGACCUCAGCUUUUCUCAGGAAAUCACAGCUAUGGCCAGGAAAAAUAAAGGAAUUUUGCUCUUCUCAAAACCACUGAGAUCUGUCGUUUACGAGUAAAAGGUGAGGAUGACAACGUCAGAGAGGGACGAUGUGGCCCUCUGAGGCCGCGCCCUGCUUGUGGGGCAGAACCCGGAGACUUGACCAGCGUGGGCAGAGCAGAGCUUGGGGAUGGUCCCCUCCAGGAAAGGGUGGGUGGGUCUGCAGACUGCCCGCCCCCCUCCUGCACCCCCCAGCUGGGGGUGGGGAGGAAGCGGACCGGGCUCCUGCCCCUUCAAACCCACUCUCACCUCGGUGCUCAGUGACAUAGUCUGGUAUUUUAAAAGGUAAUAAUUUUAUCUUCUCGACAUGUAUUAACCACAGAAAAAUAUUUUUGAAUUGUACGAAAUGUUAAAGGAGAACAAAAAGGAAAUAAACAAAGAAACGCCAGAAGUGUAAAAACCAGUCUGGUUUCAAAAGCGGAGUUUCUGAUGGUGCGAUAACUCACCGCCAGCCCCCAAAGGCUGCCACCACCUCAAAGGCUCUUUGCCUGGCUUCCUGCCCACCAGCCCCAGGCCUGUCCCCAGAGCCUGGUGUCCAGGCUACUUCCUGCCCCUCUCCUGGAACUCUGGACCCCUUCUCGGCCAAGGCCAAAGACAGAUCCUCCCAAACCCUUAGACUUCUCUGCUCCUUUGAAUUUUCCAGACCUUCUGGUCCUGUCGCCUAAUUUCAGUUUACCUCCUUGGCAGCUGAUUGGCAGGUCUAUGAUGAUUGACAUAACCACCUUCCAAUGAAUUAACUCUCUCUGGAGCUUUCCUGGCCGGGCUUCUGGGUAAGGUUGUGUAGGAUGUUGACUGCUCAAAGGUGCUGAAGGGUGAAGUGGGCUAGCACCAGCCCUUGCCAAGCUGCACGCCCUCAGCUUUGCAUUCCUCCAAAGGGGACUUCUUUUUGUUUCUAAUUUGUCCCUCCAGAGGGGCGUUGCCUUCCGCUUUGCAUGAAGGCGCUGUAAAGGCUAGUGACGCCUGUAGUCCAUGACUCGGGGCAUCUGCUCCUGACCUCUCCACGGCGCAGUUUCAGCAUCACCACGAAUAGCCCUGCUCGUGUCCUCUCCUGCACGCUGCUUCCCGUCUGCUGGAAUAAAUGAACCCUCCGAGCUCCCUUGUCGGAACCAUGGUGUUCCCACGCCAGAGUGUAGGCUCAGCCACAUGUCCUCUCUCCUGGGAACAAGCUUGCAGAGUCCUUUGUGUUUGUCCCUUGUGCCCACUAAUUGAUGGUGGAGUCAGUGCCAGGAUAACACGCCAGAGAGAGGCUCAAGGGUGGGAAAAGCAUUUGAGGGUCUCAGUGGUUACCAGUCAUGGGCAGCUGGGCCAUCCUCUCACCGGCCCCAGCAAAGGCCUCCUGGGACCCUCGUCUUGGCUGUGGCUGUGCAGAGGACUUCCUCCUUCCCAGGCACGGGGGUGGCAGAAGUCUCCAUGGACUGGGUGCCAGGGACUCAGCGUCCAGGCCUGCCCUGCCUCAAGUCUCCUAGUGGGAACUUGCUUCCAUGUGCAGGCCUCAGUCUUCUUGUCUGUUAACUGGGAGCAGUCACACUCCCUCCCGAGUUAUGUCAGGAGUGCACUUGCUGGGGGUGGCAGCAGCCACCCUGAGCAUUGGCACAUCAUAGAUGUUGAGUGACAUGUAGUUCCUGUCCCUCCUUCCUUGUUCCAGGUCACCAUGGAGAUAGCCACCCUGGGUCCCCUCUGGGCUGCCCUCCUGCUCCCUCUCUUGGUGUUUGGGGUCCCCACAGAUGAGCCCACCUCCGGGGAAGCUGUGGCCUCUACCCUCACUGGGGGCUGCCGACGGUGCUGUGACUCCCUGGCCCCUGCCGAUGCUGCACAUGUGUCCCCAGCCUCUCCGUCCGGCCUCCCGUAUGUCCUGCCUGAGGUCAGGCCCUACAUUAACAUCACCAUCCUGAAGGGUGACAAAGGGGACCGAGGCCCACUGGGCACACCAGGGAAGCUGGGCAAGGAGGGUCCCCGGGGGGACCGUGGCCCACAGGGCAGCAAGGGCUCGAAGGGGCAGGCGGGCAGCCCGGGUGCCCCGUGCCGGACGCACUCCUCGGCCUUCUCGGUGGGCCGCAAGGCGGCGCUGCACAGCAGCGAGGGCUUCCAGCCGCUGCUCUUCGACACGGUCUUCGUGAACCCGGACGGGCACUUCGACAUGGCCGCUGGCCGCUUUGUCGCCCCCCUGCGCGGCCUCUACUUCUUCAGCCUCAACGUGCACAGCUGGAACUUCAAGGAGACCUACGUGCACGUGGUGCACAACGAGGAGGCGGCCGUCAUCCUGUACGCGCAGCCCAGCGACCGCAGCAUCAUGCAGAGCCAGAGCGUGAUGCUGGCCCUGGCGCCCGGCGACCACGUCUGGGUGCGGCUCUUCAAGCGCGAGCGUGAGAACGCCGUCUACAGCGACGAUGUGGACACCUACAUCACCUUCAGCGGCCACCUCAUCAAGCCCGAGGACGACUGAGCGCCUCCAGGUCACCCUCCCAGCUGGGCAGGUCCCACCCCCUGCAGGGCUCAGUUUGCAUCUCUGUAAAGGGGGCCAGGUGGCCCCAGGGACCUGGCAUCCUGGGGCAGCCCCUACUUUCCUUACUGCCAGCAUCCCUCCCAGACCGUUUCCGUUCCUCUCUCCUCUCUUGGACAUAUUUUAAGAAACUUUCUACCUAAAUAUUCUAGAACUUUCCCAACCAUGUAGCCCAGCACUUCUCACACUUGAAUGUGCUUGCGAGUCACGUGGGGAUCUUGUUAAAAUGCAGAUUCUAAUUUAGCAGGUCCAGAGGGGGCCCAGGAUUCUGCAUUUCUAACGAGCUCCUGGGUGACGUUGGUGCUGUCAGUCUAUGAACCACACUUGGAUAAUCCAACCACACUCUAGAACUUUCCCAACAUCCCAGUACUUUCUGAACAUUCUGGAAUCCUCCAAACAUUCUGGAAUUCUCCCAUUACUCUAGGACUGCCCCUCCUGCUCUCUCUGCUCCUCUGCCUUCUCUCUGUCUCCUCUGCGGCCACCGUUCAUUUCCUCACUCGCCAAACGCUGAGCGCGUCUCUGCGCCGGGCCCUGCCCCUGCCCUCAGGGAGAGCCCGUCCGGCCCAGGUGGGGGACAGAUGUGCACGUGGAGAUUUUACGCAGACGCAGAGAACACACAGGGCUGUCCUGGGCAGUCUGUGUCUGGGUGUCCAGCUGCCACUCACAGAGGCCUCCUCUGGCCUGGUGCUGCCCUAUGUCAUUGCAGGUGAUGGGCCAGAUGGAAGGCACGGGGCUUCGAGCCCUUCUCAGGCCUGGCGACCUGAAGCAGGAAACAUUCCAGUCACUCAGGCCCUCCUCUGAGCCAUGCUGCCUAGAAAGGCACUGCGGGAGGCCGAGGCAAAGAGGGGACAGCAGGCCUCUGUCUCUUCUCCCUCUCCCAGGGUGGGCGGCCUGGCGGCCCCCUGGCCUUCCUCUCUCCCACUCCAGGUGGCCUGACCUCCUCCCCUGCGAGGGGCAGUCGCCACCCAUUGGUGCUUCUGCAGACUCCGGGGCAGAGGGCCCUGGGGGUGGUCUCUGGUGCUCACAGCCACGGGAGCCGUGGCCACGUGGCCGGGUCAUUGGAGCAGGGCCUGAGCCAGUGCCAGGAAGACUGGUGCUAUGACCACCCCGGCCUGCCCGAGCCCCUGCCCUGCUUGUCCAGUGUGAUUAAAGGAUGCUGUGUCCUCUUGGCGA